AUGGUCCAGGCUCCCAGAACAACUGCCCAGGAGGUGCCAGACAUACUUCCUCCACCCGGCUGCUUAAGUGGCAGCUGCUACCCACCUACUGGCAACCUGAUUGUUGGCCGUGGCCAGAGCCUUCGAACCUCAUCCACCUGUGGGCUCCAUGGCCCUGAACUCUACUGCAUUGUCAGUAACCUACAGGACUCUGAGAACUGCUUCUUUUGUGACUCUCGGGACGGGAAAGGCCAUGGCAUUGAGAAUGUGAUCUCCCAGAGUGGUCCUGGCGGCAAAAAGACCUGGUGGCAAGCAGAGAGUGGUGUUGAAAAUGUCACCAUCCAGCUGGACCUAGAAGGUGCCUUUUACUUCACCCACCUCAUCAUGACUUUCAAGACAUUCCGGCCAGCAGCUCUGCUCCUUGAGCGUUCAGUGGACCAUGGCCACUCCUGGCACGUGUACCGCUACUUUGCCCGUAACUGCUCAGGCCUCUUUCCUGGGAUCCUUCCUGCCCCUGGCCACAGAGUCAGUGACCUCAUCUGCGACCAGCGUUACUCAGACAUCGAGCCUUCCACUGAGGGAGAGGUAAUUUUCAAAAUUCUGGACCCAGCCAUUCUGGUGGAGAACCCAAACAACACCGAGAUUCAGGAGCUUGUGCGUGUGACUAACCUCCGAGUGAAGUUCUCCAAGCUGCACACACUGGGUGACAGGCCCCUGGGGGGCCUCAAGGGACACCCCUUCUACUACUAUGCCCUCUAUGAGCUCGUGGUCCGAGGCAGCUGCCUGUGCCAUGGCCAUGCCUCUGAGUGCAUGCCCACACCCGGGGCCCCACCCAGCGUGGAAGGCAUGGUGCAUGGCCUUUGCGUCUGCCGCCACCACACAGCUGGUACCCACUGUGAGCGCUGCCAGGACAUGCACCAGGACCACCCAUGGCAGGCAGCACAGCCUGGGCACCCCCACACCUGCCAGGAAUGUGAGUGCCAUGGGCACGCCCGCAGUUGUCACUUUGACAUGGCCCUGUAUGUCGCAUCUGGCAACGUGAGUGGAGGCGUGUGUGAUGGGUGUCAACACAACACAGCUGGGCGCCACUGUGAGCUCUGCCAGCCCUUCUUCCACCGAGACCCCAGGGAGGAUCCCCGCUCCCUUCACUCCUGCACACCCUGUGACUGCGACCCUGUGGGUGCCCUGGAGGGAGGUUUGUGUGAUGCCCACACAGACGAAACCCGAGGCCUCCUCUCUGGGCAGUGUCAGUGCAAAGUUCAUAUCUGGGGCCAGCGCUGUGACUCCUGCCGGCCUGGUCACUAUGGCCUGAGCCUCUCCCAGUCAGAGGGCUGCCAGCCCUGCAGGUGCGACCCCCGGGGCCGGGUCCCUGGCACUCCUGCCUGUGAUCCCUCUAGCGGUGCCUGUUACUGCAAACGCUUUGUCUCUGGACGGGACUGCAGCCGUUGUCUGCCCGAGUUCUGGGGUCUGAGCAGUGACUCUCUAGGCUGUCGGCCCUGUGACUGUGACUUUGGGGGUGCCUACAGCAACAGGUGUUCUGCAGGGGAGGGCCUCUGCCUCUGCCGCCCCCACUUCUGUGGCCGCCGCUGCCAUGAUCUCCAGUCUGGGUACUUCUGCGCUGCCCUCGACCAGGCCACUGCUGAAGCUGAGCUUGGUCAGGGCCUCCAGCCUGCUGAUCCCCGGCUGCCUGUCCCAAAGGAGCCCCGGACCCUGCAUCAGGGAGCUGGCUCUACGCUGUGGACCGGCUCGAACUUUGCAUGUGUGGCUGAUGGGGCUGGCCUGUCUCUACUGGCACCCACAGUGCCUCAUGCCCUGGAGUAUGACAUUGUCCUACGCUAUGAGACCCAGGCACCUGAAGAGUGGCAGGCAUUAGUCAGGGUCCGUGCUCAAUCCCAGCCCAGCAGUACACGCUGUGCCCAUCUGCUGCCCUCAGAACAGCUGUUCCAGGAGGCCUUGACCCAUAUACACAGAGCUGUGGUUCUAUCCAGACCUUUCUGUUUUGAACCCGGAACACGCUACUCCAUGACCCUGCGGCUGUGGCGGACCAAGGGGGUGUGGAGACAUGAGGGGGGCACCAUCCUUCUGGAUUCGAUUGUGCUCCUGCCACGGGUGACAGAGUUGCCUGGACUGAGAUCCGUGGACCCUGGGGCCACAGGGCACUUGCAGGAGCUCCACAAGGCAGGCUGCAUGGAGGCAGUGAGGAUGGGCCUCUCCAGUGCCACACCUGAGGCCUGUGCCCGCCUUGCCUGCAGCAUCUCGGCCCUGCUCCACGGGGGUGGCCUUGCAUGUGAGUGCCACCCCCAGGGUUCACUGAGCACCGAGUGUGCGCUGCUGGGUGGGCAGUGCCCCUGCCGCCCUAACAUCAUUGGUCGUACCUGUGACCACUGCAGGCCUGGAACGUACGGCUUUGGGCCCAAUGGCUGCAGUGAGUGCCACUGCCACACCAAGGGUGCCACCAGUGCCAUUUGUAACCCUGUGAGUGGGCAGUGCGCAUGUCAGACAGGCCUUGCUGGUCGCCGCUGUGACCGCUGCCUCCCUGGCUGGUGGGGCUUCCCAUGCUGCCAACCCUGUGUCUGCAAUGGACAUGCUGAGUUGUGCCAUCCACUCACGGGCGUCUGCCAGGACUGCCACGGAGCCACCGUGGGCCGGCACUGUGAGAGGUGCCUGGAUGGCUACUACAGAGACCCUACCCUGGGCUCAGGUCAGCAGUGCCGGCCCUGCCUCUGUCAUGGGCACCCUGGCUCAGGCGUCUAUCACGGGACUUCCUGCCAUGUGGACAGCACCAGGGGACAUGUCCUGUGCCUCUGUGCACCUGGCUAUGCAGGCCCCCGCUGUGACCGCUGCUCCUCAGGCUACUUUGGGCGCCCUUGGCCAGGAGAUGACCCCAGAAGGAGUCCGUGCCAGCCCUGCCAGUGCAACAACAACAUUGAUCCCCGCGAUCCAGCCGCCUGCGACCCUCACAGUGGAUACUGCCAGCGCUGUCUGCACCACAGCCAUGGCCCUGGCUGUGCCCACUGCAGGCCGGGCUUCCACGGCAGUGCCCUGCGCCCAGGGGGCUGCCGGCGCUGCCACUGUGACCCCCGGGGCACCAUCCCUGCGAGGUGCCCAUCUGGGGCUGAAGCCUGCUUCUGCAACCAGGUCAGCGGGCAGUGCCCCUGCCGCCCCCACACACUGGGGCUGGACUGUAGCCACUGUGUGCCCCUCUUCUGGAAUCUUGGGGGGCCCCGGGGCUGCGAGCCCUGCAGCUGCCAUGCCCAACACGCUUUGCAGCCAGUGUGUCACCCAGUCACGGGUCAGUGCCCCUGCCGGGCAGGAUUUGGGGGCCGCACGUGCUGCCGGUGUCAGGAUGGGUACUGGGGUGACCCGGAGCGGGAGUGCAGAGCCUGUGCCUGUGACCCCCGGGGCUCCAUCUUGCCCAGCUGUGACCCACACACAGGCACCUGUCGCUGCAGAGAGGGCAUCUCAGGGCUGAGGACGGAAACAACCACAUUGGCCCAGACACUGUGGGCUACGGGGCAGGUUGUAGCAGAAGGAGAGCCAUGGGUUAGGGGGCAGUGCGAACGUCUGGAAGAAUUAUCCUGGGAGCUAGACUAUGUCAAGGGCUUGGCCUGGCCCAAGAAGGCCACAGGAGCCCAAGAUGCUGAGGCCCAGGCCUCCUCAGCUGCCCUGCUUUCUCAAGAGGCCAUGCUUACAGCCCAGGUCGUGGCCACAGUUGGAGGACCAGACAGCAUCCUGGGACAGGCCCAGGAGGCCCGGCGGUGGACAGAGCAGCUGCUGUGGGGAACAGGCCAGCCCAGAGGGACAGCUGUGUGGCAGCUGAAAUUGAAGGGACUGAUCGACAGGGUGCAGAGACUGCACCCUCAGCUUCUGCGACUCCUAGUCAAAGCUGGAGUGGUGGCAGGCCGCCUGGCCUGGGUGGCACUGGCAGUGGAUAUGACCCCGGUCCUGGGACAUCUGCCCAGUGCAGCUGUGGCUCUCAGGACACGUUUGGCCCUGAGUCAGCAGCAGGUCCAGGAAGCAGAAGAGCGAGCAGCACAUGCCUUGGGUGUGGCUGGGAGCCUGGGCAAGGAGUUGCAGGUGGCCCAGUUAGGUGUGGUGGAGUUGCAGGAGGACAUGUAUAGCCUGGUGGCCACAGUGCAAGAUACAGAAGAGCAGGUACAGCGGGCACGAGCUGAGGCCCAAGAGCUGUUAAAGCUGGCACAGAAGAGCUGGAGCCGCCUGGAGCAUACACGGUGGGCGCAGCUGUGGCAGCUCAAAGUCACCCUGACAGGGUCCUACAGACCCCCAGAGUCCACGGUCCCUGCCGCGGUCCCAGGGGCCUGGGUGGGGCAGCGCGCAUUCCAGGCCCGGGCUUAG